AAGAUUACAAAAUUUUCCCCCGCGAAGGCAGGCACCUUGCCGUGGUGCGGGGGCUUAGUCGAAUCAUUAAUCAGACCUUAUUAGCGGAUGGGAGUGUACACAUUUGAGUACCAGUACUUAGUGUAUACACUCUGUUUCACUGAUUCGGGCUGUUUUUUGAACGAUGACCAAGUUCUGCCAAUCCCCCCCUAAUCCAGGGUGUAAAGCGAUACCGUGCCCAUUGGAUGGUUUGCAGCCAGGGGGUUUAACAGACCGGCUGUAUUUGAACGGCGCCUUCCUGACACCGGGCCGCCUCAGGGAGUAACUAUGGCCUUACCGCGGCAUGGGGCGCUGUCGUGGUGUACCGUUUGAAUUCCCCAAUAUAUUACAUAGACUACUGAGCUCGCCUCGUCGAGCAGGUGGUCGUACGAACAAGAUGAAUUCAAAUACUUACUCAAAUAACAAUUAUAAAUCAAACGAAAGGGCUUUGGCCGAUCUACUGGGUCAGUUGGUGAGGGGUAGAAACAACUCACCACCUGGCUAUGGUAGAGGAGGUGUAGGAGGUAGUAGCGGUGGUAGCGGACCCAUAAAUAAUUAUGGUGGUUCAUCUAUGGGACCGAAUGGUGGUGGCAGUGGAGGUUUAGGUUCUUGGGGUAUAAAUGCUCCAAAUGAUUGGACUCCAAGUGGCGGUAGUGGUGGCGGUGGGUACGGAAAUAGUGGACGAGGAGGUGGCGGCGGCGGCGCCGGCUACGGAAAUAGUGGGAGUGGAGGUGGUGGCAGUGGCAAUAGAGUGCCAUUAAUGCAACGUGGUGGGGGUGAUGGUGGUGGCUUUGGUGGUAUGCCACAAGGAGGUGGCAUGAACGAUGGCUACGGUGGCAUGCCACAAGGUGGUGGUAUGAACAACAACUUUGGUGGCAUGCAACAGGGAAACAAUUAUAUGGGUAUGUCAGGAGGUAAUCAAGGUGGCUUCGGUGGUAUGCCACCAAAUAGGGGAAUGAACAAUGCUGGUUUUGGCAGCGGCGGUGGUGGGGGUAAUAACUUUCCACAAAAUAAUAAUUUUGGUGGGGCUGGGUUUGAUAACUGUCCGCCACCGCCACCUGGUCGCUCACGUGGCACGUGGGUUAGUGGAGCAGCUAAUCGUAGUAAUCGCAAUCUGGCGUCGCAACCAGUGCGAAAUAGUAGCCGCUCAUCCAGUUCAACACAAGACAGACGAAACUUAGGCGGUUCGAAAACGUCUCUGUCAUCGAAAGGUAGUCGCAGCGGUGGUGCCUCAACUUCAGGUAAUACUUCAAAAUCUGUACAGGCACUGAAACGUAAAGCGCCACCAAAUUCCGCUCCGCCUGCAAAACUAAGUACCAAUGCAGAUAUUGUUAAACGAACAUCCGCUCAAGCAAAUCAAAGAUCCACUCAAGUAAAUCAAAGAUCCACUCAAGUAAAUCAAAGAUCCACUCAAGCAAAUCAAAGAUCGGCUCAAGCAAAUAAAACAUCCGCUGCCGAGCCUAGACGGGUGCUGACAUCAACUGGUGGUCGUUGGUACCAACAUUUCUUAUCAAAAGGGUUGAAACCAGAAGAGGCCCGUAAGAAGGCUUUUGAAAAUAAUAAUAAGCCAUUUACGGUAGGAGCUGAAGGGGCGACAGCGGCAAAAAGUGUCAAAAAAACAAAUCCCCCACCCGCGGAAACGUAUAUACGCCUUGCGAUUUUCGCGAAGGGUUUUCCCGAAGUUAUAUUGGAAACCGAUGAUCUAUCAGCACUCGAAGAACGGAUCGUCGAUGAGGUUGCCAAUAGUAGUACCGAAUCAAAAUUGCAAUUUGAAAGGUUACUUCGGAAACCGGGCUUGAUGGUUGUUGAUUGCGUUAAUCAGAAUACCGCAGAUUGGCUCAUAGACACUAUUCCCAAAUUGAAUUGGGAAAGUACUGAAUUGGCAAUUUGUUAUGAAGAAGACAUUCCAGACGCAUAUAUAAUGACGCUCUCGUUGCCAAGAAGUGCAGGCCAAGAUUACGAUCAGACAUUGUCUUUAAUUCAGUCACAAAAUACCGAUUUGGCCACCGAUUCAUGGGAAUGGGUACAAGAGCGUGAAGAUGGUGAUAGAUCAAUUCUCACCAUCCGUGUUGAUAAGGAAUCACACGCGGCGAUUAAAGCAAAGAAGUGGAAAAUAUUUUACAAAUUUGGUUUAAUAGAAGUAAAUUUUGCACGCUAUAUACGUUUUGCCCUAAGUAAACGCUUGAAUGAAGUAGGGGGCGCUGAAAAAACUAAAAUUAAAGGAGAAAAGUCAGUUGGUGAAGGCGAUAAAGAAACAACGGCGGAAACAACUGACGAAAACCCACCUUCUCCGCCACCCGCUCCUAUAAUCAGCAAAUGAAUUUAAAAUGUAUGCGGUAUCUGCAUCUUAUAUAUAAUACAUUCUUCUCAGUUCAAGACAUAUCAGCCUUUCGAAACAAUUGACCUUGUUCGACGAAUUUGAUAAUGGUUGGAUGCCUGAAAGUGGUCGUUGGCGAUAUACAAAAAAAUUUUAUCAGCUAAUUUCUUCAAUAAAUCAAUCGAAUUCAUAACGGAUAAUUAUAUAGGAAAAUCGUGCUGUACAUUAAAGGAAUAACAUACGGCGAUGACUGAGCCCUGUAUUCCGUACGGAACGUCAAUUGUUUUGGAAAUGAUAUAGCAAGUAAUUAUUUUCUAAUUUAUUCCAAUCCUCAAAUACAUAUAAAAUUGUAAGAUUUAUUUAUGUAAAGUUGCUUAGUCAGCACUUGAUACAUUAUGAAAAGUUGUAUUACCGUCAGCAUCAAUAAAGUUCAACUAGAUGGCGAUAUGAAUGAGGCCCUCUUAAAA